UUCCGACGCAAGGCGCAGUUCAGGUUCCGGUGCGCCGCCGAGCUCGGCGGAAGGCCGAGCCGGGCGGCCGGGAUGGAGGAGGCUGGGGCGGCUGUGGCCGUGGCCGGAGAGGCCGAGCUUAACUGGUCCCGCCUCAGUGUCUCCAGUGAAACGUUGGAGUCCGAGCUGGAGGCGCGCAGCGAAGAGCGGCGCGGCUCGCGGGAGGCGCUGCUGCGGCUCCUGCUGCCCCAUAACCGUCUGAUGUCUCUGCCACGGGCGCUGCGCAGUGGCUUUCCUCACCUACAGCUGCUGGACGUGAGCGGCAACUCGUUGACCGCACUGGGACCGGAACUGCUGGCGCUGAGCGGCCUGCGCACGUUGUUGGCCAGGAACAACCGGCUCGGCGGGCCGGGCGCGCUGCCCAAAGGUUUGGCCCAGUCGCCGCUCAGCCGCAGUCUCCAGGUGCUCAACCUCAGCGGCAACUGCUUCCAGGAGUUGCCCGCCUCGUUGCUGGGGCUGCGAGCGCUGCAGACCCUCAGCCUGGGCGGCAACCAACUACAGAACAUCCCGGCCGAGAUCGAGAACUUGCAGAGUUUAGAGUGUUUAUAUCUUGGAGGAAACUUCAUCAAAGAAAUCCCACCGGAAUUAGCAAAUCUGCCUUCUCUGAAUUACUUGGUAUUAUGUGACAACAAAAUCCAAAGUGUGCCUCCUCAGCUUUCACAGUUGCAUUCACUUCGUUCCCUCAGUCUCCACAAUAACUUGCUGACAUACCUGCCCCGAGAGAUCCUCAACCUUAUUCAUUUGGAAGAGUUGAGCUUACGAGGAAAUCCACUGGUUGUUCGUUUUGUUAGAGAUUUAACCUACCACCCUCCAACUCUCCUGGAAUUAGCUGCGCGGACCAUUAAGAUGCGAAAUAUUUCCUACACUCCCUGUGAUCUUCCUGGGAAUCUUCUUAAAUACUUGAGUUCAGCCAGCAAUUGCCCAAACCCAAAGUGUGGUGGAGUCUACUUUGACUGUUGUGUCAGACAAAUUAAAUUUGUGGACUUCUGUGGGAAGUACCGCCUCCCGCUGAUGCACUACUUAUGUUCGCCAGAAUGUUCUUCCCCCUGCAGUUCUGCUUCACACAGCUCCACGUCCCAGAGUGAGUCUGACUCGGAAGACGAAGCUAGUGUCGCUGCACACAGAAUGCAGAAAGUUCUUCUUGGUUGAACACAAGUGCAGGGUGUUAUGAAAUACUAAAAAACUGAGCAGGGGUGAUUGUAAAAGAGCAUAGAGUUUAAAGUUGAUUAUCUUCAUCUUGAGUGUCCGUGAAAGAGUUGGUGAUGUUAAGUUUCAUCUACCAUUCAGCAGGAAUGAGUUAGUUUCCAUGUUUGGAUUCUUUUAAUAUAACUUACUCUGAAUGGCAGUUCCAAUUUGGGUUGGUGGCAGUUUCACUCAAGUUUUGCCUGAAUCUCUCACCAGGAUGGUACAUUCUGAACAGUGUUAUAGUAAGCCACGAGGACUGUAAUUAGUGGUGAUUGAGAUGAAAGAAAUUAUCAACACUGUAAUUAUUAGCAGAGUUGUCAUUGGGUUUCGAUUGAACACUAUACCAUAAAUGGGAUUCACUCUCUCCAUGUGUUGCCCAUGUGUUUAGAUUACAGACCUCUUCAUGUGUGCUCACAGCUGGUUACAUAGGACCUAACCUUUGUGACCAGCCAAGUGGUAAAGUAAGGAAUGUUACUUUUAAAUGGGAUGUUUAACUCUUUUGUUCUCCUUUGUUUUAUAUGAUUGUUAAUAACUCUAAUCCACCAGUGACUGCAACAGUGCCUUAAUGCUAGCGAAGUAAUAGAAGCUUAUUCAAAAAAAAGUGCCAGAGCAGUGAACAAACUGACAUAUUAUGCAGAACACUUUAAAAUAUACAUUAACAGAACUAGAACUAGGUUAACAACUGUGUAUCUAACAGCUGAACUCAUGGCCAUCAUAACUUCAUUUUUUUUACGUAAAUGUAACUGAUCCCUUGUGAACAAACUGCUUUUACACUUAAUGGAAAGCCACAAUCUUAAUCUGUUCAUUGUAAAACAGAAUAGUUUUUAACAGAAAACUAGAAGCUAGGAAGGCUUCUUUGUAUCUUGCAUUAAAUAAAUGGGGGGAAAGUUUAGAAUUUUAAAUAAUCAAAUGUGACUCUUUUAUGUGUUAGUACUAAAUGUAACUUUCCCUACACUUUAAGAAAAAAAGAAAGCAACUAGAAAAACAUGACAGUGGAACAAAAUAAAGUUGAAAGCAGGGAUUAUUGUGUUCAUGCACAAUAGAACAGUUUCCAAAACUAGUUUAAUCAUGGAAGAUUUUGAAAAUAAAAUAUUGAUAAAAUUUCAAAAAUACGUUGUACCCACAGGGGAAAAGGAUUCACAAUUUUUUGCCGUUAAAACUUAUCAAUUUUUUGUUAACUACUUUAAUAUAGACUAAAAAUUUAAUAAUAGGGCAACUGUAAGUUGCUGUUGUAAAACACACACUAGUAAUCAACCAGUAAUAAUGUGAUGGCUAGUUGGUAAAUGUUAAAUACAGAGUAAUAUACAGAUCAGAUUGCAUUAGAGCAUCUGGUAAUCUCUUAAAGGGUACACACUAUUUCUUAAAAGCCAGUUGUAUAAUAGUGUAACAUAUAGGUUAAGUUUUUUAACAUAGUUUUUUGUUCUAGAAGAAAGUAUAGUAUAGGGUAAUUCAGGGUUUGUGUAUUUGUGUGUUAAUUCAUGAAACAUGAGAGUUUCAUGACUGCAGUUGUGAAACGCUGCUAUAGUGAAUCCCUUUACCUUUACCUUGUUAUAAUGUAGUAAGGUUUAUUUUCUUUUGAUUCAGAAAUUUUCUGCCUAUAUCUAUAGAAAUAGUCUAACGUAUUUCUGUUGCUUAACAGUAAUACAUGGGUGAUUAUAUCAUAAAAUAGAAAUAAUAAAGAUUUUGCUUCUUCACUUGGGCCAUGGAAAGACUACAAAUUUAUGAAAGAUACAUCUGACUUAGACAGUACCUAAGUGACAAUCCUAAAACAUUUUGUACCUAAGUGACUUAGUUAGAUGCAUAAAGUAUUUUCAUGGAAAAACUUUAUAGUAAAGUAAUAGGACCAAAUUUUUCUGGCUUACAUGUGCCUUUACCUUAUUGACCAUCAGCUUAACCUAAGUAACAGCUUGAGUAAUCUAAGAAUCUUUGUAAAAUAACUAGGUAAGUGCGUAAAUAUAACAAUCUUACUUAGCCUUUUCAGCUUUCUUGAAAGAUGGUAUACCCCUUGAUCUUUUACAGAUGUAAAUAUUCUAACCGGAAGUAGCUUUAGCUUGUGCCAUAUAGUGUAGAUACAUACUGUAUGUGUAACAAAAUGUUUAUUAUAGUUCAAAAGUCUAUUAUCAAUAUGUAGCUAUCUUUGAUAAUGUUUAAUGAAAUCUUUUAGCCAGUUUUAUCUUUUUUUAAAUCUUUGACCUUACCCUUCACAAAAGCUGCUAAUAAUUUCUGAGAUUUUCCUUGUUUCUUCUCUUCACCUUCCCUUUUCUUAUAAAUGUUUAUAGAAAUUAGGAGAUGAGAUAGAUGCAAGGGACUUAAUCAUCUAGAAACAAGAUAACCAGCUUCCAAGUCAUAUAGCAGACUAUGUAUUUAAAGUAGUAGUCUCUCUCUUUAGUCAUGUUUGUGUUUAACCACAGUUGAUAAACUUUAGUUUUUAAAAAAGAGAUUUGUGAAUUAAGUUUUUGAUAUUGUUCCAGUUGAAUGAUUUUACUGAAUGAAACUGUUGUAGAAAAAUCUACUUAAGCAAAAGUAUUAAUCUGUAUAGAAUGGAAUUCUUAAGUGCUAAUAUUUGAAAUUGAAAUGGGUACAUUGUACAUUCUUAGUAGUCUUUGUUCCUAGAAUCCAUUUUUGUCUGCAUCAUCAAACUGAGUCAGAGAGAUAGUCCUAGGACACAAGAAAUAGGAAAAUUAGCUAAUAUGAAAUUUUGAUUCCAUGGUUUCAGGGACUGACUGGCAUAAGGACCAGCUUGUCAGGGUUCUCAGUAUUCCUUCUAUUUGAAUAGCAGAGAUUGAUUUGAAGGUGACUGUUUAUAUUUUACUUCUAAAUUUACUCAAAAGGCAUCUAUUGUUCUAAGUUUUGUUUAGUUUGUUUUUUGAGACAGGCUUGCUUUGUAGUUCAGGCUGGCCUUGAACUCAUGGCAAUCCUCCUGCAUCAACCUCCUGAGUGCCAGGAUUAAAGGCAGACACCACCACACCUAGCUUAAAAUUGUUGAUAUUUAGAAUUUUAAAUCAUUAGAUUUGAAAGUAAAGGUUUGCACUGUAAACUGCACCUCAGAUUUGAGAAAUUUGUGUUGAUGCCACAAAAGUAUGGCUUAAUACUGCAAAUUAUCAGGUAUUGUAAAUAAUAAGUUUCAAAUAGAAAAGAAGGAACAGUCUGGGUGCUAGAGCCUUAAACAAAAUCAUUAAAAGCAACAAAGACAGGAAUAGAGAUGUCAUCAGCAAUUUAGGAAUAUCCAUGAGUCAAGAAAGCUCUUUAUAGUAAUAUUAUAAGUUGUUUUAAAAAUGAAGUUAAGUGGCCUACUACCAUCCAAAAACUUUUAUCUCUAAAUAUAUUCAGUGUCUGCUGUUGGGAGUGUCCAUAUCCUUCCAUAAUGGAGGGCCACUAAGUAGUAGGAUUUUCUCACAGCCAGCUUUGCUUUUCCUAAAGGGAGAAAAUAGUACCUCAUUAACCUGGAACUUAUGGUUCAUCAAUUAAGCCUUGGUUAAUGUUUACCUGUUCAUUACCUUAAAAAAGAAAAACAAGUAAAUAGUACAAAUAAAGUUUGAUCUUUGAAAGCAUUUUAGCAGUAGCUAUUUACAUAUAAAAAUAAUGGUUAUCUUAAAUCUUCAUAUAGCUCAUUAUAGAAAACUACCAGUUGUAUUAUUCAUUUAACUGUAGCUAUGAGUACCUAUUUGUCCUAGAUGAUCCUCUUAUACAAAAGUAGAGAUUUUACUGUAUCCUUACAAAUAUUACUCCUUGUUUAAUCCAAAAUACUACAUAAUGAGCUUUUAAGUUUUGCUGGGCAUUCAACCCAUAGUAAAGGGUAUUGUAUAGGUUUUAAGGCAACACAACCUAUAAUAAUACAUAGUUGUGAUUCCUGCAUAGAAAAGUCCUCGACCUUCACUAUCUCUAUGUAAAGCACUCUUAUAUAACAUUAAUGAAUUUAAUACCAUAUAAUUUUAUAUUUUCAUUAUAGUCAUUUUUUUUUGGUACCAGGGAUAAAACUCAGGACCUUGCGCCUGUGAGGCAGGCGCAGUGCCACUGAGCUAAAUCCCUGGCCCUAGUCAUGAUUUUUUUAAAGGCAGCAUGCCUUCAUUUGUAGUCAGAAAGUAUGUGCCUUAAAUCCUACUCUCAGCCUUUAGUUUUAGGAACUGUAUCAUUGAAUAUGUUAUUUUUGACAGCCGCAUGUUCUUUUGCACAUCACUGAAGAACUGUGAUCCUGAAAAAUUCUUUGCCUAAAACAGGACCCAGUGUAUGAGCAUAGGCUUCUGGGGAGGGAACUCCAAUUAAUUUAGUACUGUUACAGGAGGUCAGAACCAUAAAGAUCAGGGUCCCCUGAAAUAAAAUCAGUGAUGUAUUUUCUUACAUAUUUCUUUACUUUAGAAAGUUUGUCUGGUAACACCAAAGGAUAACAGCAGGUCCUAAGCAUCUUCAUAUUUACAGUAUCAUAUGAAGACAUUGUUACUCAGGCCUGACAUGUUUGGCUACUGCUUUUCUUUAUAAGUUGAAAGGGUAGAGGUUAAUGUUUUAAUACAUUGUGUGUAAAUAGCUUAAUUCUUUUUAUAUUUUUCUUGGUCCAUAUUUUCAAAGAAUAGAUGUUUAAAAAUAGUUCACUAACAAACAUUACACAUUAUUUGAACAUUCACAGGAUAAUGUCAAUUUGGGUGCUACUAGACUUUUCACUUAGCAUUAAUCAGUCUCAGUAAUGCAUGUAGGGGACAGUAUUCAAUCUAGUAUACAUUAAAUCUAUUAGUUAAAUGAACAGUAUUUAUAUACUGUCAUGCCAGAAAGCCAUGGCAGAAAGACCAUCUGCAUUCAGCAGAACAUACUUUGUUCCUUUGGCUGUGAAUAAAAUUGGAUAAAAUUGUUUUAUUCAAAAUUCCAGCUAAAGGAAGAAACUAGAAUAAGAUUGACAUUAUUGUUGCCAGUAUUGCAAAAACAUUACUAAAUUGAUUCUGCCUAUAAUUGAUGUUUGAGAAUUGUCAAUAAUUUAAGUAGCAUUGAUUACUAGCUACGAGAAAAGACUAUUAACUUUAACCCCACUUUACAGCAUGUAGAGACUUGUGUUGAAGUUGUGUUCUGAACUCACUUUGUAUUCAUAAGAAACAAAAACAAUGGGAGAAAAUUUUAGAAUAUCCAAUAUUUUAACUUUUCAUAAAGUUUCAGACUUUAUCAAUAAAGGAUACUGAAAAUAUAUUGAGUUUUACUUUGAGCAAAUUACUAUGUAUGAUCUGAUAUCUUAAUUUUCUGUAUUUAAAGCUGUGUGAAUUAGGAAAAUCCUAUAAAUAUAUAGUUAAUUAAAAGUUAAUGGUAAAUGAAUAACUCAGUGGUAUGAUUCAACAAUUUUUAUUUUCUCAAUAUAGUUUAUUGUCAAAUUUAUAUAUUACCUUAUAAUGGUAAAUGCUCUAAAAAGGAUAUUUAAGCUACUUCAAUUUUAGUACUUUCCCCUCACCUCCCAGGACAUAACAGAAUAUUGUAAUCUUAUACCAAUGUGUGUGAAUUUUGCCUUAUUAAACAUUGUGCCUUAUUUUAUUAAAUUGUUUUGUUGGAAUCCAGUUCUAUAUUUUGGAAAAGUAAGCGUUUUUUGUUUUUUUGUGGCUUUUGUUGUUUUUUGGUAUCGGGGAUCGAACUCAUGACCUUGCACUUGCAAGGCAGGUGCGCUGCCACUGAGCUAAACCCCUGGCCCAGUAUGUUCUUAAUUAACAAGAAUUUACUUUUUAAAAAAAUUCUAAAGUCCUCAUAAUGUUUAUAUUUGCGUCUUACUUUUAUAUCACUAUUUAUCUGUUUAUUGAAUUUAUUCAAUACAUGAAUUUGUAAAUUAAG